CCCCACUCCAAACAAAGACAAGCCCUCGUCGCCCCUCCCCGCCUCUCAUCUUUGCCUCUUCUUUCGUGGCCCUGCGAGUUGACUUGUAGGCAACCCAACCCCUCCUAGCCUCCGAUUACAUCCCUUCAUCACACAUGAUUCCCGCUGACUCACUACUUCGCACAAACCAUCUCCGCUCUCCCGCCGUCACCCCUUCUCCGCCGACGCACCUCCUUAGCUUCCAUUACCCCCCUGCUUCUUCCCCUUCUCUUAGCUUCUCGUCGUCGUCUUUUCCGAGGGAGCUGCGGAUCGCCUUGCGGCGAGGGAGGCGGAAAAUUGGGGCCUACGCCGAGAUGAGCAAGAAGAUGGUCAUUGAAGAGGUGAAGGAGGACGAGGAGGAGGAAGAAACGCCGCCCAUGAUCUUGGAGGAUCAAGAGGGUAACUCUAAGCCUCGCCGCAUUGCCCUCUUCGUCGAGCCCUCCCCCUUCGCUUAUAUUUCUGGAUAUAAGAACCGCUUCCAGAAUUUCAUCAAACAUCUGCGUGAAAUGGGGGAUGAGGUCAUUGUGGUGACUACCCAUGAAGGGGUACCUCAGGAAUUCUAUGGCGCAAAGGUUAUUGGUUCAUGGAGCUUCCCCUGCCCAUGGUAUCAGAAAGUUCCACUUUCAUUGGCACUGAGCCCUAGAAUAAUUUCAGAAGUGGCAAAGUUCAAGCCUGACAUUAUUCAUGCAUCUUCUCCAGGAAUCAUGGUGUUUGGUGCUUUGGCAAUUGCCAAAUUGCUUUGUGUUCCAAUAGUGAUGUCAUAUCACACCCACGUUCCAAUAUAUAUUCCCAGAUAUACAUUCAGUUGGUUGGUGAAGCCCAUGUGGUUGAUAAUAAGGUUCCUUCAUAGAGCUGCUGAUCUUACUUUAGUGCCUUCAGCUGCUAUUAGCAAGGAUCUUAUAGAUGCUCAUGUAGCAGCAGCUAACAAAAUUCGCCUUUGGAACAAGGGUGUUGAUUCAGAAAACUUCCACCCUCGUUAUCGGAGCCAUGAAAUGCGUAUGAGGCUAAGUAAUGGUGAACCAGAAAAGCCAUUGUUAAUUCAUGUUGGACGAUUAGGAGUUGAAAAGAGCUUGGAUUUUCUGAAAAGUGUUAUGGAUAGGCUGCCAGGAGUAAGAAUUGCUUUCGUCGGAGAUGGACCAUAUAGGCCUGAACUGGAAAAGAUGUUCUCAGGUAUGCCGGUGGUGUUCACUGGAAUGCUGCAGGGAGUAGAGCUCUCGCAGGCAUACGCCAGCGGGGAUGUUUUCAUGAUGCCUUCGGAGUCGGAGACCCUUGGCUUCGUCGUGUUGGAGGCCAUGUCGUCCGGAGUUCCCGUCGUAGCAGCCCGUGCCGGAGGAAUUCCAGACAUCAUACCGGAGGAGCAGGAAGGGAAGACCAGCUUCCUCUUCGCUCCCGGCGACCUUGAUGACUGCAUGAGCAAGAUCGAGCGGCUCCUGUCAUGCAGGGAGUUCAGAGAAGCCAUGGGCAAGGCAGCGCGAGAGGAGAUGGAGAAGUACGACUGGAGAGCAGCGACGCGGAAGAUACGUAACGAGCAGUACAAUGCGGCAAUCUGGUUCUGGAGGAAGAAGAGGGCUCAGCUUCUCGGACCGCUCCAACGGUUGGUCAGAAGGUUCUUCAAAUCACCACAAAUCAACUAUGGUUGAUAUGUGCGUGCGCGAUGGUCGCUCGAUACCUUUACAAGUGUUACUGGACCAAGUCAUUACUAAUCUGACUGCUGCUUAUGUUAAUAAUGUAACAUGUGCAGCAAACUUACUCCAGAUGGAAAUGAUCAUAGUAACGCUAAUAGAUAGCGAUGAUUAGAUGUAUUUAGUCAUAUAUAAGCGAUAAUACUUUUAAUGAUGUGAUACGCAAAUUUACU